AUGCAGCGCCAAGGGGCUGCCCUUGAUGCUGUUUUGGCGGCGUCUUGCUGUGUUGCAGUUGCUGCGGCGCCUCCUCUAAUGAGCCAGCAUGUUACACGGGCCUCUGUGAUUGCUGCAGCCGUUGCAGCAGAUGAGACCAAGUUCAUACACAGAGCGCCGCCGCGACGCCUCAGGACAGCGCAGCGCACAGACGAUGGCCUGAAGCCUUGUAGCAGUUCAUUCAAGAAUCAAAAUGUAGAUAUAACGAUAAUAACAACGUCACGAGGCAACAGCAGUGGCAGAAGCCUGCCUUCUUCCGCAGCAGCAGCACCACCCCUCCGCCAGCUGCGCAGUCUCCAGAAACCUGAGAGGGAACAGAGUCUCGAAAGUCCCGUCUCUGCAGACCUGCAGCAGCAGCAGCAGCAGCAGCCUCCAAUAGCGGCGCAGCAGUACCACCCCAUGGAACCCGCCGGCCUAGCUUCCCCACCCCUCCAUUCUUAG